UUAGUGAGGUUCUCCAUCUGGUGGAUUGGAUGGGUCCAGGGUUGGGAACCAGAGGCCUGACUAAGCCUGGACAGGCCAUGCUCCCCUCCAACCUCUAGCUUUCCUUAUCUAUAAAGGGCUAGGGGGGCCUCUUAAGCUCCCUGGAAAUCUAGCUUUGACUAAGAGAAUGAUAAGUCAAUGAGGAGGGAGGGAAGGAAUGAAGAGCGUGGCUAAGUGGAUGGAAUGACUAAUGAACGGGUUAAGAAGAGGAAUAAGAAACAACUCAGCCCCCAAGCUAGAGCUAUCAGCCAGCUUGCCUCUUUUUCUUUCUUAUUGCCUUAGUGUGGAUCUCGCUGUACUUUGGACUCCUGGGGCUGUGUUCAGUGCUAAUUGGUGGCUGCAUUCUCUUUCUGCACUGGAGGAAGAACCUGCGGCGGGAAGAGCGUGCCCAGGAGUGGGUAAAGGUGAUGAGAGCCACUACAUUCACCUACAGCCCACUGUUGUACUGGAUUAACAAGCGAAGGCACUAUGGCAUGAACACAGCCAUCAACAUGGGCCCUUCCCCUACUGUCUCCAAGACUGAGACUGAGGUCCAGACUUCAGAUUCUCUGUUCGAGUUGGAUAGCACUGAGAGUAGGAGCUAUGCUGCUCAACAAAGCAGCACCAAGGUGGAGGCCCCUGUCCCUCCGCAACCUGCAUUGCAGCUGGUCCCACAGCCUCCCCUAGCUUCCCCAAUGCCUCGGCCCCAGAACAGCUCCCCACUCCCGAUUCCCAUCUUUCAGGAGGUGCCCUCUGCCCUCUCCCUGUGUAACCUACCUCCAAUGCUGAACCACUCCGUCUCCUAUCCUUUGGCCAUUUGUCCUGAAAGGAACCUCCACUCCCCCUCCCUCCCCACACUGGCCCAUGGGGACCACUGCUUCAAUGCCAAGCCUUUUGCUUCAGAACUGUAGUCUCCUUUCACUGAGUGUGGAAGCUGGAGGUACUGGGACAGAGCUAACCUCGGAGGUGGUAUUGACACAGGCUAGGGCCCAUCUGGAUGUCACAUUAUGAAAGAUUAAAAAAAGUCCCAGGC